AUGUCGAGCGACGAACGCGAAUCCUACGGCGCCGAGACGUUCGCCGAGGGAAACUGGUACCACGAACUCCUCGAGGACGGCCUCGCGCUGUCGUACCGCGUGGAGGAGGUGUUGUAUGAAGGGGCGAGUAAGUUUCAAGAGGUUGAGGUCGUGCGCACGGUGCCGUUCGGCUCGUUGCUCAUCACGGAUGGGUUGAUGCAGAGCAGCGAGCACGACGAGUACGUGUAUCACGAAUCGCUCGUGCAUCCGGCUUUGGCGGCGCACGCGUGUCCGAAGAGGGUGUUCAUCGGUGGUGGUGGUGAGGGAGCGACGCUUCGAGAGGUGUUGAGGCAUCCGUGCGUGGAGGAGUGCGUCAUGGUGGACAUCGACGGCGACGUGGUGAACAUGUGCCGACAGCACACGCCGUUUUACAGCGCGGGCGCGUACGAUGAUAAGAGAGCUAAAUUGGUGAUCGGAGACGCCAAGGCGGGGUUGGAGAGCGAGGCGGAUGAGAGCUUUGACGUCAUCAUCAUGGAUCUCAGCGAUCCGCUCGACGGCGGUCCGUGCUACCAACUGUACACGACGGAGUUUUACGGCAUGGCGAAGAGGAAGCUCGCAAAGGGUGGAAUCUUAAUCACGCAGAGCGGGUGCGCGUCCGUGCGCGACGCCCACCACGUGUUCUCCCCGAUCCACCACACGCUCAAGCAAGUCUUCCCCAAGGUGUACGGAUACACCAUGUGCGUCCCGUCCUUCACCUCUGAGUGGGGAUUCAACCUCGCCGUGACGGAUGAGAGCACGGACUUGAGCGGUGAGAACGCGGACGCGACGCUCAAGGAGCGCAACUUGGACAUGCGAUUCUACGAUUCCAUCUCACACAGGCGCAUGUUUGCCCUUCCGAAACCGCUUCGCACGCUCAUCGACGCCGAGAAGCGCGUGAUGAACAUUGAAAACCCGCUCUUCAUGUGCAGCACGGAGACUCACGCCGGUAUCUUCGAAGAGGGCGCCGGCGAUGCGUAG